UAGCGUGUUUAGGUGGAGAGUUCUGACCCUUCUGCGCCGCCGUAGGUCUGUCGCUUCACCGGUGCGCCAGCCGGCGCAAGUGUACUGCGACCAGAAAGAUGUCGCUGCUGCGGUCAUUGAGCUUUUGCCUGGUCUCGCGGACCAGGAGUUGCCUGGCAGGGUCUCUUCUGCUUCAGUCGCCUCAGCUGUGGCACACAUUUCACGCUGGGUCCUGGCUGUCUUCCUCGGCCUCCAGCAAGGAACUUCUCAUGAAAUUGCGGCGGAAGACGGGCUACUCCUUUGUAAAUUGCAAGAAAGCUCUAGAGACUUGUGGCGGGGAUCUCAAACAGGCUGAGGUCUGGCUCCACAAGCAGGCCCAGCAGGAGGGCUGGAGCAAAGCUGCCAAGCUCCAUGGGAGGAAGACUAAAGAAGGCCUGAUUGGGCUGUUGCAGGAAGGAAACGUGACUGUAUUAGUAGAGGUAAACUGUGAGACAGAUUUUGUUUCCAAGAACUUAAGAUUUCAACAGCUGGUCCAGCAAGUAGCCCUUGGAACCAUGCUACAUUGUCAGAGCCUAAAGGAUCAAGUCUCCACCUACAGUAAAGGCUUCUUGAAUUCCUCUGAGCUUUCUGGACUUCCAGCUGGACUUGGCAGAGAAGGUUCUCUCAAGGAUCAGUUGGCCUUAGCAAUUGGGAAACUGGGAGAAAACCUGACUCUUAAACGAGCUGCAUGGGUGAAGGUGCCAUCUGGGUUCUACGUUGGCUCUUAUGUCCAUGGAGGAAUGCAUACUCCCUCCCUUCACAACCUGGUGCUGGGCAAGUAUGGGGCCCUGGUUGUCUGUGAGACGUCUGAGCAGAAAGCAAACCUUGAAGACCUUGGCCGCCGCCUCGGGCAGCAUGUAGUGGGCAUGGCUCCUCUCUCUGUUGGCUCCCUGGACGAUGAGCCUGGGGGAGAGGCAGAGACCAAGAUGCUGUCCCAGCCUUACUUGCUGGAUCCCUCCAUCACACUGGGACAGUAUGUGCAGCCCCAGGGGGUGUCUGUGAUAGACUUCGUGCGGUUUGAAUGUGGAGAAGGUGAAGAGGCAGCAGAGGCUGAAUAGGUUCCAGAGACCUUUGGCCCAGGAGGAAUGUUUAUUUUUAUUUCUGGACAUCAUUACAAAAGGAAGUUAUUUCCUAAGCCUCUUCAAACUCAGAAUUUGUUUUUCAUUUGAAUUUAUAAUGAAAGUACAUAAUUCAUGGGUAAAGGUAUUAAAUAAAAUAGUUAUAUGAUAAAAAGAAUAGAAUUUUUUCCAUGUUUGUAUAAAACUGGGUUUAGCUUUUUUGUGCCUUUUUGUGAUGUGUUUUAGAAAACAACAGGUGGGCCUUAUUGAUGCGACUGACCAUGUCUUGGUGCCCAUAAUCAACGAUUAUGCUGCUGCUGCCUUCAACAUGGAUUUAUUAUGGUGUCCCUGAAAUUUCUAACUCACACAUUCUAUCUUACUCCUUCUGUGAAAUAGAACUCUUUUGUUCUGCUUUCACUGCGUGACACUUUAAACUAUGCUUCUGCCAUGGAACUUCCCCAGUUAUAUUACUUCUGCCACAUGGAUUUCUUUGGAAUUACUGAUUCAAACUUAAAGUUGUCUGGAAACUGUGGGUUCAUUUAUUCAUGUCUGUGCCAUGCUUUGAAGGCUUUCUGCAGUGGUAUGCUGGUUCUGGCCUUAUUUACAGAAAUUAAUGACACAUGGCCCUACUUCUCUUUUGGAUAAUAGAGUGUGGGUGGGUACUGAGAUUUCCCGGAUAGCUGUAAGGCAGGUUUUCACAUUCUUGCAUCAGAAACUAGAAUUAGAGUGGGCCAGUUAUUCAGAGAGCUCACUAAACAUUGCUUUACUUCCCUAGUACUGAAACUUUUCUCUCAACAUAACAUAAAAUUACUAUAAUAGGUUGGGUGCGGUGGCUCACGCCUGUAAUCCUAGCACUUUGGG